AUGGCACCCCUAACAGCGGCCUCUGACGACAAGACGCAUCAAGCGCUCCUGGACAAGCUUGACGUCUACGCGGUACCCAAGCCUUUCCGCAACCCCAACUGGAAGCCUCCACAACGCCGCAACAAGAACCUCAAGCAGAUUCUCGGUGAGGCAUCGCGCAAAGAAGCCUCAGUAAUGGCCACGCAGAACAACAGUGGCAACUCAACACCUGCUGUGGCCACUGAAGGCAACGCAGGCCGCCAACCCAACAUCGCCCAAGCAGCCCAGAGCCUGAGCACGCUGGUGCUGGAGAAGAACGGCAGGGCUGCUGCCGGGCCGGCGCCUACAUACACCAACAUCGAGUCAGCCCCGAGCUUCCACCCGAGCAGUCAAAAGAAGUACUGCGACAUCACCGGCCUUCCUGCGCCAUACACCGACCCCAAGACGCGUCUACGCUAUCACAACAAGGAGGUCUUUGGAGGCAUUCGGACCAUGCCGCAGAAUGUAUCCGAGGGUUAUCUCGCCGCCAGAGGUGCACACACAGUCUUGAAGUGA